CUUUAUCAACCUUGAUCACAUCGUGACUACAUUUUCCAUUCGGGUGGAAGACUUCAGUAGUGGAAGACGAAAGGUGCUGCACCACAAUGAUCACUGGACUGGCUGCUUUGGUUCUACUUCGUACAGUGUACCUGAUUCAGACUACAGAGGUCUCUCACCAGAUGUCUUUGACUGAGGUUGAAGUUGGUGGAAAUGUUACUCUUCAAUGUCCAGUUUCUGCGACGGAUGGCAAUUUUUUUUACUGGUACAAGCAGUCUCCUGGACAUACAGUUCAAACAGUUGCUUCUGUAAUUGUUGGCAAAUUAACAGUUGGUGAACAAGUUUCACGGUUCACAUUAACACAAGAGGAUGCUCAGUAUUUUCUUACCAUCAGAAAUGUCAACAAAAUGGACGAAGCAGCAUACUUCUGUCAGAUUGGCACAGCGUAUUUACAGAGUUUGGUCAGUGUCACCUUCUUGGCUGUGAACGAUGGUAAUCAGCUGAAAUCUUUCUACGUGAAACAAAGCCCGGAGACUGAGUGGGUCCAGCAGGGCGACCCAGUGACUCUCCAGUGUUCUCUUCUCUCCAAGAACAAAGAAAACACAGACCAGUGUCCAGCUGAACACAAUGUUUACUGGUUCAGAUCUGGAUCAGGAGGAUCUCAUUCAGAUGUUCUUUACACUCACAGUGAUGAACAAGAGGAAAUAAGUUGUGUCCACAGUCUGUCCAAAACUAUACAGAACUCCUCUGAUACUGGGACUUACUACUGCGCUGUGGUCACAUGUGGACAGAUCCUGUUUGGUGAAGGAACUAGAGUGGACACGUUUAUACAAUUAUAGUUAUAGUACAAUUAUAUUGGAAUCAUUUAGCCUAGUUAUAAUACUUUAAUAUAUAUAAGGAGUAUUAUUCUGUUAGCUAUCUGUUCUUUCAAUUGCAUUUAUAAAUUGACAUUUUUUACUAAAUUAUAUUAAACAUUAACUUACUGUUAAAAUUAAUUUCUAAAUGCCAAUGUGGGCCUCAAAAUGAUUACUCCAAAGAGACCAUGAUUAUAAUGAAACUAUGCUUAAUGUAUCUUAGGAUGCAUUUGCGAUUCGGGAUCUGAACUGGAGUCAGUUGUCCUGGUUCUUGGAGUCCUGUUGGCCUGCUGUCUGACUGUGAUUGUCAUCCUGAUUUUCUACAGAAAUCAAAGGAAAAUAUGUGAACAUUGCAAAGUACCGUCUAAUGUGAGGAUGACAACAGGAGAACCGAGGGCUUGUCAUCAUCUUGGACAUGACAGGUCAUCUGUGGAUCAAUCAAAUAAUCUGGUAAUUACUCAUCGAUGUGUUGUCCUAUGUGGCUGUGUGAUAAAUAUUCUGUCUACUCUUAGUAAAAAUACACACAUAUUAUUAAUAGGGCCGGGACUCGAUAAAAAAAAAAAUCUAAUUAAUUAGAGGCUUUGUAAGCAAUUAAUCGAAAGGAAUCGCAUGUUAAUCGCAUAUAAAUAUUUGACCUGAGAACAGUAAGUAAUUUUUUUCACAUGGAUUUUUAGUAUACCAUUGAAUAAUGACUGAAUACAUAAGCUUAAGCAACAAAAAUAUUGUUUUUUUUUUCAAGUCCAACAGACCACUGCGAUUUUUGCCAUUAAGUGUAGCAAUAGCAUAUUUAUAAAUAUAGUACAUUUCAUAAAUCCAGGUAGCCUAUAGGUAGGUAGACCUUCUGUCAACUAGAAUACUUUGGUUUUUGAAGUAAAACACAAUCCACGCUAGCUAGCACGCUAGCCGCUAGCUGCUAUAUGUUUAGCAUUGAGGUGAUACUUGAGGCUGGAUGUGCUGCUAUGGUGAUAUGUGAAUUCCUUGUUGCAUAGCAACACAACCAUGCUCUUAUGGACGCUUCCAUCCGUUGGUUUUUAGUAACUAAAUGUCCCAUCAUCCACGGGGCCAACCAAAGGUCUCAUCAGCUUCUUCCUUCAUGUUCACUGUGGUUUGUUGUUGUCUCAACUCAUCAACGCUAGUUGGUGCUUCACACAGCGCUUCUCAUCAGUGAAAGCUGAGGUUCACCUGAGAGAAAUUAUUCAAUUUAGGAGACAUUUUCAGUAAAAAAAAAAAAAAAAGAAAAAAAAUGUAAAUGUAUAAAAUGUGCUUGACAGAUUUUGACAACUAGUUCAACAUUUUUGUAUGUAAUGACUGAAGCAAUGAAAUGAGGAAUAUUAGUUUUAUAUGGAAUGACUAUCCAGCAUUCACUAGUUAAUUUUGACUGACAUGACAUAAACAAUUAUCAUAUUAUAAAACAGUAGAGUUGUAUGAAAGCAUUGAUGAAAUAAAAGUAUUUGUAUUUGUAAUUUGUUGUAAGAAAUGAGAAACUGCUACUAUGAUGAGCACAAAUGACUGAAUGUUGUGGAGGUUGAACUAACUGUUGUGUUAAUGUUAACAGUGAUGUGAGAAAUGCACCAAAGCCACUGAGAAAAACUGUAUUUAGCUGAUGUUUAUUGUUAUAAACUGGGUGGACAAAAAUCUCCGACAUCUGAUCACACCAAAGUCGGGGAUCAAAUCUGUUGAUUUGAAGAUUCAUUCAUAACAUGAUUAUCUUGACUCUGACAUUAAGAAACUUGUUGAUUGUGACUUGGAGUUGCUGUGUUACUGUGUCUGAGGUGUCGGAGGGUUAUGUGGAUGACUGCAGGAACACAGAUAAUGCCUGGGUGGAAACCACCGUCCUUAACAUUCACCUGGACAGAACGAGCCAGUCCAUGGUGGACAUCGACAGGAUGGUGAGAACAUUAUUAAUAUCUUAUUAAAUAGAAUAUAUUAAAUAAAAUAGAAUAGCAUGUAAUAGAAUAGAAUAGCAUAUAAUAGAAUAGAACACAACAGAUCAGAAUAGAACACAACUGAAGGGAAGGAACUAUAAUAUAACAUAAUAUCUUUCUUGUCAUUGUACAUUGUCAUUAUACAAUAAAUAUAAAAGAGCUUUCUAAAAUAUCGUAAAUACCAGAAGACAUUACACCACACUUACCGGACAUCUACAAUCACAUUCUAACCCUAACCCUGGCAUAAAAAUCUUUAAUGUGUAGGGACCCUUUAAUGUCCUUGCAACUGUUCUCACUCGCUGUGUUAGUCAAAUAUUUUGACCUGAGCAGGUUAAGAGCACUGAGGUUACAACUCUGCUCAGCUCAUGUCUGAGGUUGUUAAAGCUCUCUGAGAUGUUUCUUAAGUUCUUCUAUGUUUCUGAUCUGGAUUUAGUCUGGAAGAAAUCCUUUCACUGCACUUAAAUCCUGAUUACUGAGUUUACAGGACGAGGUUUCCAGCUUUAAGUUACUGUCUGUUCUUUCCAUAUAUAUUUGUUUCUUCAUUUCAC